AUGAGCCGAUUAAAGCAUGACAUCUUAGAAGUUCUGCUACCUACUUCCAGAUCAAUAAGAGAUCUAAAAUUGUCGAAAAUCUCAAGGACAUCAUCUGUGCUUCCUUCUCUUUCAGCUCGUAAAGAGAGGAAAAAAAGAGGACAUUCCAAGUCUGAAGGUUUCAACAUAUAUAAAACUCAGGAAAUGAAUAAGUCAAAAGCCAAAGGGUUUUCGUAUUAUUUUAUUGAUAUAUAUUUUACAAAUAAAGUAUUAUGUGAAAAAAUUAGUAUUAAUAAAAAAUAGAAUAUAAAGAAAUCCCGGAAGAAGAUUACCAAGCCGAAUACAUAAUAAACGAAAAUCUAGCCAAAAACUACAACAAAAAGGAUGGAAAGUAUACCAGUGAGUUUGUUGGGAUUGUUGCGAUACCCAGAAAUACAUUUCAGCUGGCAAGCUCGAUUGUGGAAAAUAUCAACGAAAUAAAACCCCAACCCAAUCAAAAACCUCACGAAGAAGUAAAAUUACCGGAAGCGUCGAAAUACCAUUUAAGCCAAAAAAUCGAGUUUUUUAAGUCGAUCAACUUCACCCACCACAAAUCAUCAAGCGAUGCUCAGAUUCAUAGGCAUGCUUAUAACCAAGACGUAAAAAAUUUUAUUACCCUCCCCUUCCAAGCGAACAAAAAAAUAUUUUUUUUCGAGAUUUCGUAAAACUGAGAAGUUAAAAUUAGUUUGAUUUGUACAAUUUAUGCUAUAAAAUCCAAGCUGCUUAAAUUUAAACAGAAUUAGCUAGAGAUUUCACUAUAAUAAUUAUCACUUAUAUAUCAAAAUAAUUUUUCAUAAAAAAUUUUCUAUUAAAAAAAUUUUUGUUAACUCAGAUUUUUCCAAUUUUUGUUCACUCACAGAGAGGAGUUAGAGCUUGCAAAGAAGGUGAUGAAACCCUCGUUUAUACAUAUCUCGCAAAGGAGAAAAGUUUAGCAUAUUCCUAUGAUUUAUUAAAUAUGACAGGUCUGCACUGGGCAGUUCUAAAUUGCUGUCUACAUUUGAACGAACUAUUAAUAAAUUUUGGAAUUAGCUUAUUUGAAUUGGGACAAAAUUCUAGUUUUCCAAUAUAAAAUUUAUAUUUGAAAAUAAAUAACUUUCAUAUAGCUUGAUGGAGCAGAUAGUUUAUUUAAAGUUUGCGAAUCAACUUUUCAACAAAAAAUAAAUUAAUAUAUUUAUAUUUUUACUUUUCAAAAAUUGUAUAUAAAUAUUUUUAAUGAACUAUUUUUCAACAAAAAAAUUAAAUCAUGACUUAUUUGUUAAAUUGAAGGUAAGAGGGAAUUUUGAUAUAAUGAAAAUCCUUUUAGAUUUACCUGGACUAAUUGAUGUUGUUGACCAUGUAAUUUUUAUAUAGUUUAAAAGAACAGCCCUUCAUUUAGCUAGCAGGACUGGCAAUGAAAAAGCUAUAAGAAUGCUUGUGGAGCAUGGCGCGAAUCCUAAUAUAUAUAGCGAAGGAAAUAAGUUGGCGAUCGAUUUAGCAAAAAAUGAAAACAUCAGAGUUAAUUUGAGAAAAUACAUGAAAUCGUUAAUCUGAAUAAUUACAGUUUUAUGCUUUUUCCCAUUUUUCUUUUAA